AUGCAAACUGGGGGGCCAGGGGAGGUGAAUCCACAAGAAUAUGACUUAGCCACAUUAUCCAACAGUGCACGAUUAAGACAGGAGAAAAUGUCUUUGGAGUUCGUUUCGGAUCAGACCCUUCAGAUAAAAUGCUCCUACCUGAUAGAAAAAUAUAAAAAGAAGCUGCAAAAGGUGAAGCAGCUUAAGAGGGAGCUCCAGGCGUCGCUCGAGAAAAAGAGGAAAGAGAUCUACAUGGAUAGAUAUUUUCUAAAUAAAGAAAGAGAGCACUUGUACAGCGAACUGGAGAAAGAGAAAGAAAAAAUCGAAAUGGAACAUCUUGAAAAAACCAAGCAACUAUACAAUAGCUACUUUGCAGAUAUAUUUUUGUAUGAACAGGAAUAUUACCAGUGCAUCUAUAAAGUCUUCAAAAAUUUGCUACUCAAGAAGGAAGAAAUUGACGACAAGGAGAGGCGCGUUCUUAUGUUGCAGGAACACGCCCGGAUGACCAAUUCAGACAGGAACGUAAGCGAAAAGGUACGCGAAGAGAUAAGGAAAAAGGAAAUCGUAGCUGUCCACGAACAAAAUGGACGUGCUGACAGAGCCCCGAUCAACCAUCCUGAAAAAAUGGACCAUGACCAGGACGACAAACAUAUCGAUAUAGACAAUUUAUGCGAUUUGAACAUUAACGAAAUUUAUCGGAGCAUCAUACUGGACCAAGGAGAACGUCCACACAACUUAAGCAGCACAGGGGAUGAAUUCUCUAAUGCCAUUAUGGGGAAAAUUCACGUGGGGACUAACUCUACCCCCGUCUUGGAUGAAGUAUACCAAUGUGGUAGUGGAAAGUGUAGCAGUGUGUCUAUAACGGAAAAAAGUGAUCAUGAGGAGGAAGGAAUGGAGAAAAUUGGCACGUGUAAGGAGUACCAAUUUGUGGAACUCAGUUCACAUGGACAAAGGCAUGUCUACACGGAAGAAAUACGUAACAACACAGUCGCACGAGAAGAUAAUUGUGUGCAUGACGAGGCGACCCAGAGUGAAGAAGAUAAGGAGAAUGCUGUGUCCAAAUCGGGAGGAACAGAACAAUGCGGGGACAUGAGCGAAGAGGGAGGAGUAGAAUCGGGUGGAAGCGUCCAAUUUGCUGACGAGGAGGAAGAAAUAAAAUGCCUAGAAAAUGAAAAAAUAUUUAUAGGGGAACAAGAUGACCCAAAUGAGUACCACCCAAACAGUAAUGAUGCUUACAUAGCUGGUGAAUAUUUAAAAGGUGAGGAAUGUAUGGGCGACGAAGAAGUGGAUGAACAGUAUCGACGCAGCGCAAUCGAUAUUACUGCGCUGAGCGAAACAGUUAAAGAGGAAGUACAAAAUGAUGACCUUUUUGAAAACAGAGAGUUGGCAAAUCCGCAAAAGGAUAUUGCAGAACUGGACCAAGUGAUAGAAAAUAACAUCAACUUUAAUAUAUCGAGUUACUUUAGUGGAAGCUACGAUGACAUUGCUGAUUGUGAGGUGUUAGAGAGGAUCGACGGAGAGGUGGUUGCACUGAACGAUGAUGGAGCUCAUGCCGAUGACAAACCGGAAUAUGACAUGAUCAAAGAGCUCGUCUCGGAUGUAAAUUCGAAAGAGCUGGUGGACUUAUCUGAAAACAACCACGAUAAAAAAGGGGACACACAAAAGGGGGAAAUUUGCAUAGUAGGGGAUCCCACCAAGCAAAAGAAUCUAAACGAACAAAUCGACCUCGAACUGCACACGAACCAAACCAGUGCAAUAAAAAACGAGGAAGACCAUCCCCAAGGAAACAACCCAUUGUCCUCCUUCAAUGAGCACAUUAACAACUUCUACAAUGAGUAUGAACACAUGAGAAGGUUCAAUGAGGAAAACAAAAACAUUCAGUCAUCCAUUUUUAAGACACUGUAUAGCUACCACAACGAGUAUUCCAUUCCGAUAGAAAAGAUGCAAACGUUUGAGAAUUACGUGGAGGAAAUUGGCCAGCUGGAGAAUUAUGAGCAUAUCAUCAGCUUCAUCAACGGAGGGGCUGAGGAGAAGGCAAUUGCUGAUUGUGAUGAUGACCCGAAUGGCAGCUAUCAUGUUAUAUCGAAGAAACCAGUAGACAUGAAGGUGAACUCCAAUUUGGGCAUGCACACAGUUAAAGAACUAAUAAAUUACGUGAGUGCAAGUGCUAAGGGAAAUGAUAAUGAUAAAAACGGAUUCAAAAAAAAGAAACAGAGAGAGUGA